CAACCGGUAGCCACGAUGUCUAGCCCUCCACCAAACGCAACGGUUUACGUUCGCAACCUCGAAGAGCGGAUCAAAGUCGAUCAGCUCAAGGAAGCCUUGACCGAGCUCUUUUCCGAGUAUGGAGAAAUCAUCGACAUCGUCGCGAAGACGAACUUGAAGGCUAAGGGACAAGCUUUCAUUGUGUUCGAUAGUGUUGAGAGUGCGCAGAAGGCCAUCGAUGAGGUACAAGGGUUUGAGCUCUUUGACAAGCCGAUGCAGUUGGCGUUUGCGAAGACGAGGAGUGAUGCGAGCGUGAAGCGUACCGGGGACGAACAUGAAUUUGAGACUCAUAAGAAGAGAAGAUUGGCGGAGAAAGACAAGAAGCUGGCUGCCGAGCAAGCAGAAGAACAGAAGCGUCUCAAGCGUGCUGCUCCACCUGGUGCCGUUGCAGAUGUUGCCCGACCGAUCAAGGCCACAAGAGGUGCUGGUCUCAAGUCUACGAACGCCGGUGCCGCGGCUGUUAUACCUGACGAGUAUCUCCCACCAAACAAGAUUCUAUUCGUGCAGAACCUGCCAGAGGAGUACGAUAUCGAUGCUUUGACUGCGAUAUUCGGACGAUUCGAGGGCUUCAGGGAAGUCAGAUUGGUGCCAGGACGAAGAGGGAUUGCUUUCAUUGAAUAUGAAAGUGAGGCUGGAGCUAUCACUGCAAAGGAGAACACAGCUGGAAUGGCACUGGGAGCUGAGAGCCAGAUUAUGAAGGUCACUUACCAGAGACAAUAAGUCGAAUGAGCUUGUAGGAUAGGGUGGGACAACUAAAAGCAGCCAAUUGUCAUUCAUCAAUGCUCCUUAGAAUAUGUGCCCUCUAAUA